UCGGAAGCGGAUGGAUCUCUGACCUCAUUUCCGACAGAGAUGUUUCCCAUUGUGAGCUGAAAUAGCUUUUCUUCCCUUGAUUAUUUUUCAUAUUCGUACGGUUUAUUUGUCGCAGUUUUGAUGUACACAUUCGUGCCACUCGGAAGAAGGUGAAGCAGUCUCGUCCCCGGUCGUAGAGAGAAACCAAGCAGAGCAGCAUCAUGUCUGAGGAGCUGGAUCUGUCCCCUCCUGAGGUCCCCGAGCCCACCUUUCUGGAGAGCCUGCUGCGCUACGGCCUCUUCCUGGGAGCCAUCUUCCAGCUCAUCUGCAUCCUGGCUGUCAUCAUACCCACGUCCAAGGGACAUGAGCAGGAGGAGACUGAGUCAAGUGAUGGAAGGGCUGCCGAACAGAUGAAGAAAUCUAAAGGACCUGCAACUCAGAUACGACAGAAACUAAAGAAAGAGAGCAAAAAGAAACGCUAGUUGUGUGUGUGUGUGUGUGUGUGUGGGUGGGUGGGUGCGUGGGUGGUUGUUUAGGCCUGUCUGCAUUUAUGUGUGUGUGUGUGUGUGUGUGUGUGUGUGUGUGUGUGUGCGCGCGCGCGCGCGCGCGCGUUUAUGUAUAUGUGCGUUUAUCCAUCAGUGAACCAGCAUUAGCAAUUACAGUUACAACUAUGUUAACAACACUACAUAUAUACUGUAUAUAAUUCAUUAUUGCUGUAAUACAGAUGUGGCCAUUAAAAACGAUGUGCAUUUAAUUUGAGACACAGCAUAAGGACCUUGAACUGUGUAUCCUGCUCACACUCUUGAACACAACAGUGUGUUAAGAAGAGCAAAAUGCCAUGAAUUGUUGUGACUUUUGUGCAGCCGCCUGUUUUUGAGCUGUAUUUGCUUUGGACCAUUUAAACUGUGUGUAAGUCUUCUUUGUGAUCAUCAUUGUACUUUACAAUAGCUUAACACCGCCAAAUAAAUAUGUGGGCAUUCCUAUA